GAAGAACAGUUUAACGGCCCGUUGCCAUGACCACCGCAAUGCUAACAUGUCCGGAGAAGAGUGCGUCUAUUUGACAGGAACAAGCAGCAGAGUCCCUGCAGUGGGACGCCUUGCCAGUGCAAUUAAUACAGGAGCUGCAAGAACACAGCGCCGAAGAGCUUCUGCAAGACCAGGGUCUACCACACCAAACUAGAUUCAAGCUGGAAGCAGGAAACUCUCAGGCAAAAAAUGCACAGUCUACCAUGAGCAAUAACCUGGAACAGUGAACAGAAACAUCUGUGCUGAGUGUGGUACAAAUGUCCCUUAAAAUGGAGAACAUUCUAGGUUUCACAAACCACCGGACCUGUAUCAGAGAGGCUGUCCUCCUUCAGUACUAUUUGUCUGGAUUCUGGUGGGCUAAAGAUACCAAGUUUAGCCCCACACAGAUCUCUUUCACAAUGGCUGUACUCCAUGUACUGCUGGAAAAUCUAAGAGAAAAACAGAUGAGUUCAGUGGAUAAUAUGGUGGUGUUCAUGAAAGCCAUGACUGCUGCCUGCCACUGUGCUCCUUCUGAAGAAGAUGACUCUUCACUUUUGAACAAUAAUGAAGCCAAAGCACUGAUAUGCUAUGUUACAAAAAGUCUUAUUCUGAAAUACAAACUAUAUGAACUUCUCUUCAUGAAAUCCACAGAGGAGCGUCUGACAGGGAUGGAGAGGACCAUUCAGAGAUUCGGCUGUCAAGAUGCUCAUACCUCACUGGAGGAAAGUAUUUCCACCUACUUCUACUUUAAGUAAAUAAAUUUAAAAUUUCAUAUAACAUAAAUAAA